AUGUUCGAGAAAGAUAAGAAUUCUAUUAUUCCAUGGUUUGCAGGAUUCUCACAGUCUCUUGAACUUCUUCAAAACGAAAAAUUUGAUUUUUCACGAACUAAUCCAUUUGAUAUGAAUGUACUUCAUUAUGUUGUUGCUCACAACAAUCAUGAUGUCUGCAAAUUCUUGUUAGAGAAUUCAAAUAUUAAAACUGAUGCUGUAGAUUAUGAAGGGCAAACAGCUCUAAUGAUUGCGGCAAAACAAAAUAGCACUGAAAUAAUUGAACUUCUUAUUUCUCAUGGUGCCGAUAUCAAUAAAAAAGAAGAUUAUUAUUCAAAAACUGCAUUUCAUAUUGCAGUAGAAUGUGGUAACAAAGAAGCAGCAGAAAUUCUGAUUUUGAAUGGAGCAGAUAUCAAUGAACCUAACGAGUUUGGUCAAACAUUUCUUCAUUUAACUGCAAAAACUAAAUAUAAAAAAUUAUUUGAAAUACUUAUUUCAAAUGGUGCUAAUAUCAAUUCAAAAGAUUCUCUAGGAAAAACACCACUUCAUUAUGCAGUAAUCGAUAACAGUGUUGAAAUUGUGGAACGCCUAAUUUCUCUUGGUUCAGAUAUUAACGUUAAAGAUAAAUCUCAGAGAAGAACUCCUCUUUAUUAUGCAGUGGAAGGUAAUAAUUAUGUUGUUGCAAAAAUCCUUCUCUCACAUGGUGUAAGAAUCAAUUCAAAAAAUAGUUUUAAUAAUGAUACUGCACUGCAUUGCGCAGCAAUGAAUGGCAGCUGUGAAAUUAUAGAAUUAUUGAUUUCACAUGGAGCCAAUAUUGACUCAAAAGAUGAUGAUGGAAAUACAGCUCUUAUAAUAUCAUCUCAACAUCAAAGAAAUAAAGUGGUAGAAAUUCUGAUUUCCCAUGGUGCUGAUGUUAACACAUCAAAUAAUAAUAGAAAUUCUGCUGUUCUUUAUUCAGUUAAAAAUGAUGAUAAAGAACUAGUAGAAUUUCUAAUUUUGCAUUGA